GCAAGGGGGGCUCCGCUCACUUUUUCAACACUGAGGGGGGGGGAGACCGCAAGCACCGCAGGGUUAAAUCACAUCUCCAAUCUGACUCCUCUAUGAUUCUCACCGAGGUUUCAGCAUGUCUACGAAAGCAGAGCAGUUUGCUUCUAAGAUUCGAUACUUGCAAGAGUAUCACAACCGUGUGCAACACAAUAUUUACCCUGUGCCGUCUGGGACAGACAUUGCAAACACACUGAAAUACUUUUCUCAAACCCUGCUCAGCAUCCUGUCCCGUACAGGCAGGAAGGAGAGCCAGGAAGCUUCCAAUUUGGCCGUGCCCAUGACCAUGUGUCUUUUUCCUGUGCCAUUCCCACUCACCCCAUCUCUAAGACCACAAGUCAGUUCCAUCAACCCUACAGUUACUCGCUCCCUCCUUUACAGCGUUCUGCGGGACGCCCCGGCCGACCGGGGGGGGGCCGCCCAGCAGAGUCGGGACGCUCAGCUCUCAGAGUACCCCUCUCUGGACUAUCAGGGGCUUUAUGCCACCCUCGUCACCUUGCUUGACCUGGUGCCCCUGCUGCAGCAUGGUCAGCACGAUCUGGGGCAGGCCAUAUUUUACACGACAACUUGCCUUCUACCCUUUCUCAGUGAUGAUAUCCUCAGCACUUUGCCCUAUACUAUGAUCUCCACCUUAGCCACCUUCCCGCCCUUCCUACACAAAGACAUCAUAGAAUACCUGAGCACGUCCUUUCUCCCUAUGGCUAUAUUGGGUUCAACUCGGAGAGAAGGAGGGGUCCCUGCGUACGUCAAUCUUUCGGCUUCCUCUAUGCUAAUGAUUGCUAUGCAGUAUACCUCAAACCCAGUGUACCACUGUCAGCUUCUGGAGUGCCUGAUGAAGUAUAAGCAGGAAGUGUGGAAGGACCUUCUCUAUGUAAUAUCUUAUGGACCAUCCCAAGUAAAGCCUCCUGCUGUCCAAAUGCUCUUCCAUUACUGGCCUAAUCUAAAGCCUCCAGGUGCAAUUAGUGAAUACAGGGGGCUCCAGUACACAGCCUGGAAUCCCAUUCACUGCCAACAUAUUGAGUGUCAGAAUUCGAUUAAUAAGCCUGCAGUGAAGAUGUGCAUCGACCCAACUCUUUCGGUUGCCCUUGGAGACAAGCCUCCUCCUCUGUAUAUCUGUGAAGAAUGUAGUCAGAGGAUUGCAGGAGAUCAUGCAGAGUGGCUGGUUGAUGUGCUCUUACCCCAAGGUCAGCAUUAUUAUUCAUCUUCUGAAAUAUCUGCCAUAUGUCAAAAGAAGAACUGCAGCUCUCAUGUGAGGCGGGCUGUUGUCACCUGCUUCUCGGCUGGCUGCUGUGGUCGGCAUGGCAACCGGCCCGUGCGCUACUGCAAGCGUUGCCAUGUCAACCACCACAGCAGCGAAGUGGGUGCUUCAGCAGAGACUCAUCUGUAUCAGACAUCUCCUCCCCCCAUCAACACACGUGAGUGUGGAGCCGAGGAGCUCGUCUGCACUGUGGAGUCUGUCAUCAGCCUGCUGAAAGAGGCAGAGAUCCAUGCAGAGCAGCGGGAGUUUGAGAUGAACCGCCGGCGUCAGAUGGGCCUCUCCACCUCCCACCACUCUCUGGACAACCUGGAAUUUGACAACAAAGAGGAUGACCAGCAUGAUCAGAGGCUGCUCAGUCAGUUUGGCAUCUGGCUCUUGGUGAGCCUGUGUACCCCAAGUGAGAACACGCCCACAGAAAGCCUUGCCCGUCUGGUUAGCAUGGUCUUCCAGUGGUUCCAUUCCACUGCCUACAUGAUGGAUGAUGAAGUGGGUAGUCUAGUGGAGAAGCUCAAGCCACAGUUUGUAACAAAGUGGCUUAAAACUGUCUGUGAUGUGCGUUUCGAUGUCAUGGUCAUGUGCCUGUUGCCCAAGCCAGUGGAGUUUGCCAGGGUGGGCGGUUACUGGGAUAAAUCCUGCAGUACAGUUUCACAGCUGAAGGAAGGCCUAAACCGUAUACUGUGUUUAAUCCCCUAUAACGUUAUCAGCCAGCCACUUUGGGAGUGCUUUAUGCCUGAAUGGCUGGAGGCCAUACGAACUGAAGUGCCAGACAACCAGCUGAAGGAGUUCCGGGAAGUCCUUAGCAAGAUGUUUGAUAUAGAAUUAUGUCCACUGCCCUUCUCCAUGGAGGAGAUGUUCGGUUUUAUAAGUUGCAGAUUUACUGGAUAUCCUGCAUCAGUGCAGGAACAAGCCUUGCUAUGGCUACAUGUGCUGUCCGAGUUGGACAUUGUUGUGCCCCUGCAGCUCUUGAUUGGCAUGUUCUCAGAUGGUGUGAACUCUGUGAAGGAGCUGGCCAAUCAAAGGAAGACACGAGGCACAGACCUAACAGGAAAUGCUGGGGCCAGAAGGGUGAGUGUGGUUUCAGAUCCUGGUAGACGAGGGCAUAACAACACCCUUAGUCCUUUUCCCAGUCCAUUCCGAAGCCCAUUCCGUAGCCCUUUGCGCUGCAGCCCCUUUAAGAACCUGGGUCAUGCCACAGGUAACUGUGCUCUAGACUUGGACUGUGACGAUGAUGAUAUGAACCUCGGCUGCUUCAUCCUCAUGUUUGACCUCAUUCUCAAACAGAUGGAGCUUCAGGAUGAUGGAGUGACUCUGGGAUUGGAAGGCAGUCUGGGAAGAGACAUUGUAGGGAUAAUUAACAGUGUGUUCCAGGCUCCCUGGGGUGGCUCACACACCUGCCAGAAGGACGAGAAGGCUAUGGAGUGCAGCCUGUGCCAGUCCAGCAUCCUCUGCUACCAAUUGGGCUGUGAGCUCCUCCAGAGACUCACACCUCCUGAGGAGAUAUGCCUAGUGGAGCCCUCAGACGGUCUUGAGGACAGCCUGAUCUUUCCCAUGUCUGAACAAUGCCUCAGACCAGAGAAUGGCACAGAGGAGGGAAGCAACCAGGACAACCCUGAUAGCCAGGGUGAUUCCCCUGAUAACCCACCUUUAAAGAAUAAUACUGAAAGAAAAUUCUCCUAUCAGCAGCUUCCAGCUUCUCAUAGGCUUAUUUAUACCAUACUUCAGGAGAUGGCUAAGUUUGAGGAGCCAGACAUUCUCUACAACAUGUUGAACUGUGUAAAGAUCCUGUGUCUGCAUGGGGAGUGUCUGUAUCAUGCCCGCAAAGACCACCCUCAGUUUCUGGCCUACAUUCAAGAGAAGAUGCUCAUUCCAAGACUGUGGUCCAUGCUGAAGUCUGAGUUCUGCCAGCUGGCCUCACUAGCAGUGCCUCAGCUGCUCCAUGCUCUCUCACUGUCCCAUGGUGCUGAUAUUUUCUGGAAAUUGGUGGAUAACAGUUUCAACAACAAGGAUUGGAAGCUUCGCUUUGAAGCAGUGGAGCGAGUUGCAGUUCUUUGUCGCUUCCUGGAUAUUGGCUCAGUAACAAAGAGCCACCUACUGAAGUACUCACUGGCUCAUGCUUUCUGCUGCUUUCUGGCCAGUAUCGAGGAUGUCAACCCUGCUGUGGCCACCAGAGCCAGGCUACUGCUAGACACCCUCAAACGACCAUCACUGCAGGGUCUGUGUCUGUGCUUGGACUUCCAGUUUGACACAGUGGUAAGAGACCGUCCCAUAAUCCUGAGCAAACUGCUUUUGCUGCACUCUUUAAAGCAGGAUAUCCCUGCCCUGAGUUGGGAAUUCUUUGUUAAUCGUUUUGAGACAUUGUCCCUUGAGGCUCAGCUACACCUGGACUGCAACAAAGAAUUUCCUUUCCCAACCACCAUCACUGCGGUGCGGACUAAUACAGCCAAUCUAAGCGAUGCAGCUAUGUGGAAGAUCAGACGAGCUCGUUUCGCACGAAAUCGACAGAAAAGUGUCCGCUCUCUCAGAGACAGCGUAAAGGGGACGUCUGACUCUAAACGUGCCUUUUCCCUGCCUGAGACAUUUUGUGCCAAGCUUCCUUUAAGGCUUACAAGACAAGAGUACUCUGCACCCACACUUGGAGAUAUGCUUGAGAAAGUCUUGCCAGCCCAUCUGCCAGGUCAGAGCUCCCCUCCUGAGGAUGACUCAGUCAUCAAGGACCUCCUUCCAGAGGACAGUGGCAUAGAUCACCAGACUGUUCACCAGCUUAUCAUGGUGCUAAUGAAGUUCAUGGCGAAGGAUAAGAGCAGUGCAGAGACUGAUAUUGGCAGUGCCAAAGCCUUUAAUACAGUCAAAAGGCACCUGUAUGUAUUGCUAGGCUAUGAUCAGCAAAUUGGCUGUUUUAUGAUCGCACCGCAGAAGAUGCGCUCCUCCACCUGCUUCAAUGCAUUCAUUGCCGGCAUUGCACAGGUGAUGGACUACAACAUCGGUUUGGGGAAGCAGAUGCUGCCCCUUGUGGUCCAGGUGCUGAAGUACUGCACAUGCCCUCAGCUUAGACCCAACUUUCAGGAGGCACCACGCUGCUCACUUUGGGCUCUGAGGCCACACAUCAGGCAGAUGUGGCUUAAAGCUUUACUUGUCAUUCUCUACAAGUAUCCAUACAGAGACAUGGAUGUAAGUAAAGAGGUUGUGCUGCACCUGAUCCACAUCACCAUCAACACCCUAAACGCACAAUACCACAGCUGCAGACCUCAUGCCUCAGCUGGCCCUCUCUACAGCGACAACUCCAAUAUUAGCCGCUAUAGUGAGAAGGAAAAAGAGGAGGAUAGUGUGUUUGAUGAAUCAGACAUCCACGACACUCCCACUGGGGCAGGCAACAAGGAAUCACAGACCUUCUUUGCUCGGCUUAAGAGGAUUGGAGGCAGCAAGUCUGUCAAGUAUCAGCCUGUGGACCUCAAUGCUCAAAGAAGUGAGAUUGAGUUGGCGGAGUACAGGGAGGCAGGAACCCUACAGGACAGUCUGCAACACCCAUCAAGAGAGGAUAGCAGCAGCAAGAAGAAGAGACUACAGGCCAUGCACAAACAGAAAUCUCUUGACAUUGCCAACACAGACUCCAUCCUCUUCAAUCUGGAUGAGCAUCGGCGCAAAUCCUGCAUUGACCGCUGUGACUUGCAAGGGCCUCCGCCUCCACCACCCUCAUGUUCUAGCUCAACAACAAGGCAGUCACGCAGGGCAGAUCACCGUGCCAAGGAAUCCUCAGAAGGAUCCAAUCUCCAUUUUGAUAACAUCAGGCCUGUUAUUCCAGAAGUGCGUCUGAGCUGUAUGGAGACUUUUGAGGAUAAAUCUGCAGGGCUUGACUCUCCCCUGGUCAUUUCUUCUGACCCUGCUCAUGGCAAAGAAGAUGGCGACCUGAUUGAUCUCUCCUCAGACUGCACUUCUAUACCAGAGAAGCGCUCCAUUCUUUCACUUUCUGACAGUGACUCACUGGUUUUUGAACCUCUUCCACCACUGCGCAUUGUUGAAAGUGACGAAGACUUGUUUGAGGCACUUUCAAAACCACCACUUGGAAUGCAGAUUAAAUCUGAGCAUCCGUCACCAUCAUCUGUCAGCACUAUUCUGCGUCUGUCUCCUUUUGUCCAAGUGAGUGUGGAGGAUUGUUCUAAAGAAAGGACAAGCAAAUCUUCCAGCCCUGCAAAAGGGAGUCCUGUGCAGUCAGUUGAGAGUAGAAAUCCCUCUGUAACCCCUACUGCCUCGCUGGAGCUCCCAGAUCCCAUAUAUCAUCCUGGUUUAGAGAGUCCCAUGACCCUGAAGCAGAAAAGAGACCUGUUAAGAAAGUCACCACAUGUACCAGACACAUCUGUAGAUGAUGGGUAUAUGCAGUCAGAAGACAAAACCGGAGGAAGCCCCUCUGCUAAAUCUGUGUACCUCAACAUCCCCGAGGACACACUGGAAAAUCUAGACCCACUGAAAGCAAAGAAAGAAGAGGAAGGAGGAGCCCCCAGUGAGGAUGAGAAUGAUGCUGAAAAUGAUGAAGAUACUGGUGAUGAGAGAGAGAGCGAACCAAAGCCAGAAGAUGAAAGUGAGGAGGCAGAGUUUAAGAUCCAGAUUGUACCCCGUCAGCGUAAACAGAGGAAGAUUGCGGUCAGUGCUAUCCAGAGGGAAUACCUAGACAUUUCCUUCAACACUAUGGACAAGAUAGGGGAGCAGACCACAGACGCCGAUCACAAAGCUCUGUCCAAAUUGGAAAAGCCACGAGAGUCAGCCUCAGCCCCAGCACUUGAAGCCACAGUCCCAGAAACAAGCAACCGCUCCUCAGUAACAACUCAGUACCGUCAGGCAAAGCGAGGCUCUCUAGGAGCUGUGACAAUGAGUCAGCUGAUGAAGAGACAGCUGGAACAUCAGUCUAGCGCUCCACACAAUAUCAGCACUUGGGAUACAGGUCUCACUAAAACCAGCCUGCUGUCUGCUCCUAGCACAGUCAGCAUGUUUGUGCCUGCACCAGAGGACUUUAGUGAUGAGCAACCAACCAAUAUGGCUGACAGGUGUCGAGACUGUGGUGCAGUGUUAGAAGAGUAUGAUGAAGAAACCCUGGCAUUGGCUGUGGUCGUUCUCUCGAUGUUUACCCAUCUGAGUCCGGACCUGGCUGCUCCACUACUCCUUGACAUCAUGCAGUCAGUGGGCAGGUUGGUUUCUAGUGCCAGCUACUCAGGCCAGGCUGAAAGCAUGUUGAUCCCUGGUAAUGCUGCUGGUGUAGCUAAGCAGUUCCUGCGCUGUGUGCUCCAUCAGCUCGCCCCCAAUGGCAUCCUGCCACAGCUAUUCCAGAGCAACAUCAAAGACGGAAGCUUCCUCCGCACACUGGCUGCAUCUCUUAUUGAUUUCAAUGAACUGAGUUCUGUGGCAGCAUUAAGUCAGCUUCUUGAAGGUUUGAACAAUAAGAAGAAUUUGCCUGCAGGGGGCACAAUGCUCCACUGCUUGGAUAACAUUGCCACUUUCAUGGAAGCUCUUCCUAUGGACUCCCCUAGUAAUCUUUGGACAACCAUUUGUAACCAGUUCCAAACCUUCCUGACCAAACUUCCUGCUGUGCUUCCUCUGAAGUAUCCACUGGACUCCAGCUUGAGAAUCAUCAUUUGCUUACUGAAGAUUCCAACCACUAGCGCAACCAGAAGUUUGCUGGAGCCGUCCUCUAAACUGCUGAGCUUUGUUAUUCAGUAUGGCGUCUUCAGUCUCUCGUACCUUGUUGAGCUCUGUGGCCUCUGCUACAAAACCUUCAGCAAGGAAAGGGAUAAGUUCUACAUGUCCCGUGUAGCAGUUCUGGAGUUGCUACAAGCACUGAAGUUCAAGUCUCCAAUUCCUGACACUAACCUUCUUCUACUGGUCCAGUUUGUAUGUGUCGACAUUGGAACCCGGCUGUCUGAGUCUACCAUUCUCCAAAAACACAUGAUUUCAUCAUUACCUGGGUGCACAACAGCUGCUAUGGAGUGUUUGAGGCAGUACCUCAGUGAGCUGCUGGACUUUAUUGCAGACAUGCACACUUUGACAAAAUUAAAGAGUCACAUGAAAGCUUGCUGUCAACCCCUUCAUGAGGAUACUUUUGGUGGGAAUCUAAAAGUGGGUUUGGCUCAGGUAGCUGCCAUGGAAAUCAGUAAAGGUAACCAUCGUGAUAACAAGGCUGUGAUUCGCUACCUGCCAUGGCUCUAUCAUCCACCCUCUGCCAUGCAACAAGGCCCCAAAGAGUUCAUUGAGUGUGUAUCCCACAUCCGCCAGCUUUCCUGGCUUCUGCUGGGAUCUCUUACCCACUGUGCUUUGCAUCAAGGUUCCACGUCUUGUAUGCCCAUUCCUCUAGAAGCUGGCUCUCACAUUGCAGACCACCUUAUUGUAAUCCUCAUUGGUUUUCCAGAGCAAUCAAAGACAUCCGUGCUCCACAUGUGCUCCCUGUUCCAUGCCUUCAUGUUUGCUCAGUUGUGGACCAUCUACUGUGAGCAAGCAGCUGCAGCACCAGCUGGGCAGAACCAAAACCAAAAUGAGUUCUCCUCAAGCGCUAUCCUUACAGGCCUGGAGUUCUGGAGCCGAGUCACUCCCAGCAUCCUCCAGCUCAUGGCCCAUAACAAAGUAAUGGUCGAGAUGGUGUGUUUGCAUGUCAUCAGUCUGAUGGAAGCUUUACAAGAAUGCAAUUCAACCAUUUUCGUGAAAUUAAUUCCUAUGUGGCUGCCGAUGAUUCAGUCCAGCCUAAAUCAUUUAUCUGCGGGUCUCCAGCUGCGUCUCCAGGCCAUCCAGAACCGAGUGAAUAACCAAUGUCUCCAGGGUCCUGCUUCUAGCACUUUUCCCUUCGCCUUGCGCAAGUGGCUGCAGUGUACUCAGUUUAAAAUGGCUCAGGUUGAGAUCCAGUCGUCUGAGGCCGCCUCGCAGUUCUAUCCCAUGUGAUGUGCCGUCCUAUAGAAGCUUCUGCAAGACCAGCAGCAAUCUGCGCCAACCAGCACCCUUUUUUUCUUUAAACCCAAAUAUAGUAUUUUGCAGCAAUGCUUUUGUAUAAAAUGAAUUAUACUGCAUUUUGUGGAUAUUGGCAACAGCAACUCUACAGCAGCAAAACUAAGAAAGUGUGACUGUAAAUAUCUUCAUCGAGCUCUUUCUGUCUGCAUGUAAUUAUCAUGAUCAUGCAUAAGGGGAGUGACACUGAAUUAUAAGGUGCCAGAACAGCCGAACAUGUGGUGCAUACAGACGCAGGAGUCUUCCUACUGUGUGUGUGUGUGUGUGUGUGUGUGUGUGUAUUUCUGUGAGACUGUUUAAAUGGUGUGAAAGUCACACUCACUGUAGAGUACACACCUUUAAUGUGUCAUCAGAAUAUGUGAGAAAGUUCAUCGUGUGAAUGGUGAUUGAUGUAUAGGGCUUAAAUUCUAAUCAAUUUGUUUACAAGAUAGUAUGUUUAUUUCAUGUAAAACAAAUAAAUAAAAUACAUAUGUUUUUCAUUUGUA